GUGAUUGGAUCUUUCCAAUAACAAUAUGUCAGGUGAGAUUCCGAAGUUCUUAGAGGCAUUUCACUUCCUGGAAAUUCUGAAUUUAUCCUAUAACAAUUUUGAAGGCAUGUUACCAACCGAAGGAGUCUUCAAGAAUGCGAGUGCCACUUUUAUUGCUGGAAACAACAAGAUAUGUGGAGGAAUUCCGGAAUUUCGGCUCCCUAAAUGCAUCUCUAGAAGCUCCAAGGGCAAAGGGGAAGCUCGUAAAUUGAAACUCUUGCUCUCUAUUAUUUUUGGGCUUCUAGGGGCGGUGCUUGUUCUGGUUUUUGUGUAUGUAUGUUGGUUGAAGAAAAAGAAAGCACAAGAACCAACUUCAAGUUUCAUAGCUGAUAGCUGGCAAAACUUAUCUUAUAGAACUCUCCUUGGAGCAACAGAUGGGUUCUCUUCAACUAAUUUGAUCGGUGUUGGCAGUUUUGGAUCUGUUUACAGGGGAAUGCUCCAGGAGAAUGGGACUAAUGUUGCUGUGAAAGUGCUUAAUUUAACGCGUCAUGGUGCUUUGAAGAGCUUCAAAGCCGAAUGCGAGGCUUUAAAGCGUAUCAAACACCGUAAUCUUUUGAAAGUACUAUCAGUAUGCUCAGGUACUGAUUACAACGGAAAUGACUUUAAGGCUUUGGUCUAUGAGUUCAUGGUCAAUGGUAGCCUCGAAGAGUGGUUGCACUCUUCUCCAAUACCAGCUGAUGCAGAUGAGCCUUCAAAAAAUUUGAGUCUCAUCCAAAGGAUAAAGAUUUCCAUCGACAUUGCUUUUGCAUUGGACUAUCUACAUAACCAAUGCCACAGCACCAUAGUUCAUUGUGAUCUAAAGCCAAGCAAUGUCCUUUUAGAUGCUGAGAUGGUUGGACAUGUUGGUGACUUUGGAUUGGCAAAGAUCGUCCUUGAAUCCACAUCUUACAUGAACACAAAUAUAAGUUCAAUUGGUUUGAGAGGAACAGUUGGUUAUGCUGCUCCAGGUAUGGCCCCUUACAUCCCCAACCCCCUCAAAUGA